GAGAUUAUUGUUGAGGACUUGAGGUUUGAAGGUGGGUAGAAGAAUGAAGCUCAAUGAAGGGUCGCAUCACCGGCGUGGGGGAAGAGGGGAAGCCGAUGCAAAGGGGAAGGGGAAUAGCAGUUGCCGGCGUUGGGUGGCCGAAAUUUGGGUUUGACUUCCUCCUCUUUUUAUUUUUAUUUUUUAUUUAUUAUUAUUUUUUUUAUGUUUGUUUAAACCAAUUAACUUGUGAUACGUGUCACUUAAAUAAAAUAAAAUAAAAUAACCCAAUCAACUGGUCUCCGAUAAUUAAGAUUGAAGAAAGUAAAAGUUCGAAUUAUUUUAAAAAAAUCUAAAGUUAGGAUUAUUAAAAGAAAAUACGGCAAAAUUAAAAUUAUUUUUUUACGAAGUACAAUUUUCCUUUAUCGAAUGAGACAAGACCAAUACGGAUUAUCAUUUCUUUAGUUCAGGGCUUCAACAAAAUCGUCUUCAACCUUCUUCCGUCUUCUCUGUGAAAAAAACAUCCUCCACCAUAAUCUUCCUAUCUGAACAAUUCUUUAACCUAAAAAUAAAACAAAUCAUCUACAUCCAUAGAUCUACCGAAGAAAACUCAAGUUCCAAGCUACGAAAUCGGGAGGCAGAGUGCGGCGACCUGAGUCGCGACCACCGGCGAACUCAGUCGAGUCUAUACCGUGUUCCGGUACGAACGAAUCAGGUCGCGAUUCACAGCAACGUACCGCGAACCUUGUAACGCUGUUCUACACCAGCUGAUACAAAGUUUACUACCACCAUCUUCAUCAUCAUCUUCUUUCUUUAUUCUAGGGUUUCAGAGACGAUCAUCAAUGGCGCAAUCAUCAGGAAAAGGAGGAGAGAGAGUAGGAGGAGGUGGACCGAGAUUGAUUGGGGAUUAUAUGGUUGGGAAGCAAAUUGGAUCAGGUUCAUUUUCUUUGGUUUGGCAUGCUCGUCACAGAGUUCAUGGUACAGAAGUUGCGAUUAAAGAGAUUUCCAUGUCUAGACUAAACAAGAAGUUGCAGGAGUCUCUUAUGUCUGAGAUUUUUAUUCUGAAACAAAUUAAUCAUCCUAAUAUUAUUCGAUUACACGAUAUAAUUGAGGUCCCUGGAAAGAUACAUCUUGUAUUGGAAUAUUGCAGUGGAGGCGAUCUUUUCAUGCAUAUACAGCGCCAUGGAAGAGUCCCAGAAGCCACUGCAAAGCAGUUCAUGCUACAACUAGCGGCUGGUUUGAAGGUUCUCCGAGAAAAUAAUAUCAUUCAUCGGGACUUGAAGCCGCAGAAUCUGCUUCUCUCCACCAAUGACAAUAGCCCAAUUUUGAAGAUUGCAGAUUUUGGAUUUGCUAGAUCUCUUCAACCUAGAGGGCUUGCAGAAACAUUGUGUGGCUCUCCUCUUUACAUGGCUCCUGAAAUAAUGCAACUUCAGAAAUAUGAUGCGAAGGCAGAUCUCUGGAGUGUGGGUACAAUCGUGUAUCAACUUGUGACUGGAAAAACUCCUUUCAAUGGAAGCAAUCAAAUGCAGCUGCUCCAAAACAUUAUCAGAGCCACGGAACUGUGUUUUCCUUCAGAUAUGAAAGAUCUAAGUUCAGAAUUUGUAGAUUUGUGUCAGAAAUUGCUGCGACGUAAUCCUGUUGAACGACUAACGUUUGAUGAGUUUUUCAACCACCCUUUUCUUUAUCAGAAGCAAAAGAAUGAAAUAUCUGGGAGUGAGAUAUCAGUGAGAAGAGUAGAUCACUUGAAAAAUAGUGUGGAAAGUUCACCAGAUGAUUGUUUGCCAUUUCUUUUGGAUGAUGAUUGUAAUGGCCCUGAUGGAAGCCCAUCUUUUCCUGGGAGAAGAUCAUCAAUUAAGUCUACUUGUGGGUUUUCCGUUGAUUCUAGAAAACAAGCAGUGUCUAGCACUAUCAGGCAUGUUGAUCAUUCUUCUAGACAAAGCAAUACCCAACAUAAGUUGCAAAUUAAUGGUUUUAGGAUAAAUAGCAGUAAACAAGAGAAUAUACAGAUUGAACAUCCUCCUAUUUUCAUGGAGAAAAAACGGGUGAACUCUCAUUCAAGAGCUUUGGACUCUUUGGAGUUUACUGAUCAAGAUUAUGUCCUUGUGUCUGGACCCCCUUCAGAUGUUUCAACCUCAUCUGCUAGUAUGUCAAAACCAAGUCUGGCUCCAAUAAAAUCUGAACUCCCAAAUACCACAUCUUUAGGUCUUAGCUCAAGACUUAGUGCCCCAGUGCCAAUUGUUGGUCCGUCAGUCAGGUACCCGUCCUUCAUUGAUGCCAAUGAUAACCAGUCUUCAGUCCCUCCUGUGUCCUCACAGGGAUCCACGGAUGGAGAAGAUGGUUUGGAGCAGCCAUCUGGUGAUUCCGUCACAAGGCUUAAGUCGCUGCAGGAGUGUGCAGCUAGUGUCAAGGAAUUGGUUACUGAGAUGAUUGAGGCUGGUAGAGUUCUUGAAGCAUUUUCUAUUCAGCUUGUUAUUUUAGCAGUUUGGAAGCAAGCAUUGCAUCAUACGCAGGCUGUCUCGUCCACUGAUGACAGUUCUCCUGACUUUGCAAAGUCCAGAGGUAGCAUUAAAAAGAUCAACUAUAGUCCAGAUUUUCAAGACUCUCUAGAUGUCUGUUCUCAAGUGCUUGAAGAUGCCUCUGAUGUAAUCAAGAGGGAGUUCUUUAGUGAAGUAGAGCAUGCUGAAGAACUGUCAAAGUUUGUAGACCCAGGAAGUGUAGAAUUGCCUGAUGCCAUGGAAACAAUUUAUCAAUCUGCUCUUGCACUUGGAAGACACGGUGCAGUCGAUGAGCUAAUGGGAGACGUGGAAAGUGCAGUGUCAUCGUAUAACAAAGCUGUGCGCUUGUUGAUCUUUCUUCUUGUGGAAGCACCAUCUUUAAUAUUGAAUCCUCCGUUCUCUCUCACUAACUCGGACCGGUGUAGGCUUCGCAAUUACAUUAACAUCUUGAAUGAUAGGCAAGGCAUUUCUAGGUCUCAAAGGAUGGCCCUUCUUAAACCUGAAUGUCCACCUUAAACAAGGGGUUGCUUCUAACAUGGCGGCCAACGGUUCACCCUAUUCUUGGUGUAUGUAAUUUGUUUGUAUGUACAGCUACAUUCUUUUGGGUGUCUGUUGGGAGUAGAUUGAAGUAGAUAUGUAGCUUUGAUUUUCUGUUGUAUGUGUUCCACCAGAUUUCAUUCAUUAAGGGUUAAAUAGAGUUAGUGAAGUUAAAAGUCACGGUACAAAUGUAUCUUAUCUAUUUUGUAAUAUAAAUGGAUAAACAUUAUUUUCAGAA